AUGGCUCCAUUGCCAGUGCAGCGGCUCACCCCUCACCUACGACCGUUCAGUUAUGUGGGAGUUGACUACUUCGGCCCAGUAGUCGUUACAGUAGGGCGACGUUCAGAAAAGCGGUGGAUUUGCCUUUUCACCUGUCUGGUGACUCGGGCUAUCCAUAUGGAAGUCGCUCACAGCCUGAGCAGCCAGUCGUGCGUCAUGGCUAUCCGGCGGUUUAUUUGCAGAAGAGGGGCUCCAUUGGAAAUUUUCUCCGAUAAUGGAACGAAUUUUCAAGCAGCAAAUAAGGAGUUGAUUCAAACAGUACAGUCCAUCGAGAUGGAAUGCGCGGAUAUCUUCACGGACGCUAGGACCCGUUGGUGCUUCAAUCCCCCGGCAGCUCCGCACAUGGGCGGUAUAUGGGAGCGGUUGGUACGUUCAGCAAAAGAGGCACUGAAGGCUAUACACGAUGGCGGUAAGUUAACUGACGAGAUAUUAUUGACUGUACUAUCCGAAGCAGAAGAUAUGGUAAAUUCCCGACCGCUGACAUACGUGCCCCAAGAAUCAGCUGACGGCGAGGCGCUCACACCUAAUCACUUUUUGCGCGGCUUACCUUCUGGAGUACGUGAAGAGGCCAAAAUGCCAACUAGUUCGGCUGAAGCGUUGCGGGAUAGCUAUAAGCGGUCUCAACAGUUAGCUGACAUAUUAUGGAAGAGGUGGUUGAAGGAAUAUAUUCCGACUAUUAACCAUCGUACCAAAUGGCUUGGCGAACGAGAACCUAUCGUAGAAGGUGAGCUGGUCUACAUCACUGAUGGGAACAACCGAAGGACCUGGAUUCGGGGGACAGUCGAGAAAGUGUUCAGAGGUGUCGACGGACGGAUCCGAUGUGCAUUAGUUAGAACGUCGAAAGGUGUCUACAGGCGAGCAGUUGCAAAGCUGGCGGUGAUGGAGGUCCGCAGUAAUUCUGGCCACGGACCAGAGUUACGGGAGGGGGAGUUGUUACCACCACCGCUGGGCACGUCGACGGUGAAAUGUCAUCAUUUGAGGUCGUCUGAGAACACUGCCACUGACAACCAAAAUUAG